AUGGAGAGUGCUGCCAAACUUAUCGUAGAUGCAUUGCUACAACGAUUCGUUCCACUUGCUCGACGUCGAAUCGAAACUACUCAAUUACUUGAUGGGAAAUACAUUCGGCCAUCAGAUCCGGCAUAUGACCAAGUGUUGGCCUCCUUAGCUUUGGUGGCUCGGCACAUGCCUGUACCGCUUUUUGAGGCACUUCUUCGCUGGAGAGACAGUGAAUCCCCCAAAGGCGCAAAUGAUACAUCUACCUUCCAAAAAAAGCUUGCAGUGGAAUGCAUUUUUUGCUCGGCAUGUAUUCGCUUUGUGCGGUGCUGUCCACCUGAAGGGCUCACAGAAAAACUCUGGAUUGGGCUUGAACAUUUUAUAUUUGAUUGGUUAAUCAAUGCUGACAGGGUUGUAAGUCAGGUUGAAUAUCCCUCGUUGACUAAUAGGCGCAUGCUCCUUUUAGAUCUAGUAGCAGAGCUUGUGGGUGCUUUAUCACGAAUCAGGUUUACUUCAGUAACUGGAAGGUUUUUUAUGGAGCUCAAUACACGUCGGAUUGAUACCAGUGGUGCUCGAAUUGAAACCCUUAGUAUCAUUAACGGGAUGCGCCAUCUAAGGCUUGGUGUCAAAACUGAGGGUGGUCUGAAUGUGUCUGCAUCCUUUGUUUCAAAAGCGAAUCCUCUUAGUCAUGCUCCCACCAAACGAAAAAGGGAACUUCACCAUGCACUUUGCAAUAUGCUGUCAAAUAUUUUGGCACAAAUCGCAGAUGGUGAAAAAGUUCAAUGGCCUCCUCCUGGUGUACAACGUGCACUUACUGCUUGGUAUGAAGCUAUUGGACGGGUACGAAUGCAGAUCGUUCACUGGGCAGACAAACAGAGCAAACAUAUACCUGCUGCAUGCCCUUUAGUAACUUUGCUUCUCUGUCUUGGCGAUCCUCUUGUUUUUCUGGGAAACUUUAUUCCUCACACAGAGCAACUGUACAAACAUCUCAAGGACAAGAAUAACCGGUUGAUGGCUCUGGAUUGUCUUCACCGCAUUUUAAAAUUUUAUUUGAGUGUUCAUGCGCACUCCCAACCAUCAAACCGAGUAUGGGACUAUCUCGAUAGUGUGACAACACAACUUCUUACAAUUCUGAGGAAAGGGAUGCUUACACAGGAUGUCCAUCAUGAUAAACUUGUUCAGUUGUGUGUAACUAUAGGAGAACAUAACCUUGAUUUUUGUAUAAACCAUUUGAUAUUGGAAAUGCUUAAGCAAGAUAGUCCAAGUGAGGUGAAGAUUAUAGGUCUUCGUGCUUUACUGGGAAUUUCAAUGUCUCCCACAAGUGAGCAUGUUGGCUUGGAAAUCUUUCACGCUCAGGACUUAGGACACUAUGUCCCGAAAGUGAAGAUUGCAAUCGAGUCUACAUUAAGGUCGUGCCAUAGAGCUUACAAUCUGGCUCUUCUCACUUCUUCAAAAACGAUUAUAGAUGCUAUUACCAAAGAAAAAUCUCAAGGGUGUCUCUUCCAGUCAGUUUUGAAGUGCAUACCUUGCUUGAUUAAAGAUGUUGGUCGAAAUGAUAGAAUUACCGAGAUAAUACCUCAGCAUGGGAUAAGCAUCGAUCAUGGUGUACGUGAGGAAGCGAUAAACGUGCUGAAUCGUAUUAUGAAAUACCUACCUGAUCGUCGGUUUGCAGUCGUGAGAGGUAUGGUGAACUUCAUUCUACGGCUGCCGGAUGAGUACCCACUUCUUAUCCAAACAUCUUUGGGACACCUUUUAGAUCUCAUACGUUUAUGGAGAUCUUGCCUUUCUGGUGAAAAUUUUGAACAGGAUACUUCAGAUUUAAAGCACGUGCAGAUGAAACAAAGAUUAGGAAAAAAUCAAUUCAGUUACAAAGAAGCAGUUGAGUUCCAUGCUUCAGAGAUUGAUGCAGUUGGUCUUAUCUUUCUUAGUUCUGCUGAUUCUCAGAUUAGGUUUACUGCCUUGGAAUUACUACGAUGUGUACGUGCCAUUCGCAAUGAUAUACGAAACUUUCAAUUGGGUGAUACUAAAGAUGAAGCUGACCCAAUACUUAUGGCCGACGUGUUUGAAGAGCAUGGAGAUGACAUUGUUCAAAGCUGCUAUUGGGAUUCCAACCGUCCGUUUGAUCUCAGACGGGAAUCUGAUGUAAUACCUCCUGAUGCAACACUUGAGACUAUGCUUUUCGAAUGCCAUGAUAAGAACAGAUGGCCUCAGUGUCUUAGUGAGCUUGUCAAGUAUGGUGCACUGCUCUGCCCACAUUCUGUUCAAGAAGCAAAGCUAGAGAUUAGUAAGCGUCUUGCACUCGUGACACCUGUUGAAUUGGGGGGAAAGGCGAGUCAAAUUCAGGAUGCAGACAAUAAACUCGAUCAGUGGCUCAUGUAUGCUAUGUUUGCUUGUUCUUGUCCAUCUGGGAGGGAAGGAGCUGGUGCAGCAGCAACAAGACAACUAUUUCAACUUAUUAUUCCGUCACUAAAAUCUGGUUCUGAAACACAUGUUCUUGCUGCUACUAUGGCUCUUGGGCGCUCGCAUCCAGAAGUGUGUGAAAUAAUGUUCAGUGAGCUGGCAUCUUUUAUGGAUGAAAUUUCUUUGGAGACAGAAGGAAAACCGAAAUGGAAGAUUCAUAAAUCUCGCCGUGAGGAACUUCGUGUUCAUAUUGCAAAUGUAUACAGAACCGUUGCAGAGAACAUCUGGCCUGGUAUGCUGGCUCGUAAGCCAGUUUUCCGCCUUCAUUAUUUGAAAUAUAUUGAUGAAACAAGUAGAUUGAUCUCGACAGGAUCUUUUGAGAAUUUUCAAGAGAUGCAAACUCUUCGCUAUACACUUGCGUGUAUACUAAGAUCACUGGCACCUGAGUUUGUUGAUGCAAAUGCAGAAAAAUUUGAUCCCAAAACCAGAAAGAGGUUGUUCGAUCUUUUUCUCUCUUUUUGUGACGAUUCAAGUAAUACAUUGUCUCAGGAUGGCCUAAGUGAUUAUUGGCGUGAAGUUGAACGCUACAAGUCUAGUCAGCGCAGUCGAUCAAAAGAAUCCAUAGACAAAAUUUCCUUUGACAAAGAAGUGUCUGAACAAGUUGAGGCAGUACAAUGGGCUUCCAUGAAUUGUAUGGCAGCCUUGUUAUAUGGUCCAUGUUUUGACUUUGAUAAUGCAAGAAAAAUGAGUGGGCGGAUUAUAUAUUGGAUUAACAGUCUUCUCAUCGAGUCUGCACCCCGGGCUCCUUUUGGCUAUUCUCCAACCGAUCAGAGAGGUCCAUUUUGCGUUAAACACAUUGGAGCUACUGGACGUGAUAAGAGCAGAAUUGUUCACCUUCGUGUUUCACUUGCUAAAAUAGCUUUAAAGAAUCUUAUUCUUACCAAUCUAGACUUGUUCCCUGCUUGCAUUGAUCAGUGCUACGCUUCUGAUGCUGGUGUAGCAGAUGGAUACUUCAGUGUUUUGGCCGAAGUGUACAUGCGUCAAGAGAUACCUAAAUGUGAAAUCCAACGACUCUUGAGUCUGAUUCUGUACAAGGUGGUGGACCCGUCCAGACAGGUUCGUGAUGAUGCUCUACAGAUGCUUGAGACACUCUCUAUUCGUGAAUGGGCUGAAGAUAAGAUGGAUGGGUCAGGAAGUUAUCAGACUGCAGUAGUUGGAAACCUUCCUGACUCAUACCAACAGUUUCAGUACAAAUUAUCUUGCAAACUUGCCAAGGAUCAUCCUGAGCUGAGUCAGCUUCUUUGUGAGGAAAUCAUGCAGCGGCAGCUGGAUGCAGUUGAUAUAAUUGCACAGCAUCAAGUUUUAACUUGUAUGACUCCAUGGAUUGAAAAUCUCGAUUUCUGGAAACUUCAAAACUCAGGGUGGAAGGAAAGAUUACUGAAAAGCCUUUACUAUGUGACGUGGAGGCAUGGUGAUCAGUUUCCUGAUGAAAUUGAGAAGCUUUGGAGAACUAUUGCUAGUAAGCCACGUAAUAUCCGUCCGGUUCUUGAUUUCUUGAUUACCAAAGGAAUUGAAGACUGUGAUUCAAAUGCAUCAGCAGAAAUAAGUGGUGCAUUUGCUACAUAUUUCUCGGUUGCUAAACGCGUAAGCUUAUAUCUAGCUCGAAUUUGUCCACAAGGCACGGUUGACCAUUUGGUUUACCAAUUGGCCCAACGAAUGCUUGAUGAGAGCCUGGAACCGGUCAGGCCAACACGGAACAAGACUGAUCUCACUGGAAAUUUUAUUUUGGAGUUUUCUCAGGGCCCAACAGCAGCCCGACUUGCAUCUGUCUUAGAUAAACAGCCUCACAUGUCACCCCUUUUGGUUCGUGGAUCUGUUGAUGGUCUACUUAGAAAUACAAGUGGAACCUUAACCUUGAGAACAAUCCCGUUAAGAGGCCGGACAACGUCAAGCCCAUUAAUUCCGGUACCUUCUGAGAUAAUAACUGGAAGGUCUAGCCGGAUCCAAAGUUCAGCAGGAAAUUCAAGAAGUCGGCAUGUUUCUCAAGACAGUGGGGAUUACAUCGACACUCCAAGUUCAGUCGAAAGUCAGCAUACUGGUAGUGGAACUUUUGGCAUCAGUGAUAGAGAACUUCACACAGCCUUACAUGGGCAUCAGCAACAACAGCAUUCAUUGACCCAUGCUGAUAUAGCAUUGAUUCUACUUGCAGAAAUUGCUUAUGAAAAUGAUGAAGAUUUCAGGGAACACUUGCCUUUACUUUUUCAUGUCACAUUUGUUUCAAUGGAUAGCUCAGAAGACAUCGUAUUAGAACACUGCGAAUGCUUGCUUGUUAAUCUGUUGUAUUCUCUUGGUGGGCGUCAUCUUGAGCUUUAUAAUGUUGAAAGCAGUAGUGGAGAAAACCGGCAACAGGUUGUGAGCCUAAUUAAGUACGUUCAGUCGAAGCGUGGGAGUAUGAUGUGGGAAAACGAGGACCCCACUGUCACGGAAAUCGAGCUCCAAAGUGCAGCAUUACUAUCUGCACUGGUUCAGAGCAUGGUGGAUGCCAUCUUUUUCCAAGGUGAUCUUCGAGAGACUUGGGGAGCAGAGGCACUCAAAUGGGCCUUUGAAUGCACAUCCAGACACCUGUCAUGCCGGUCACAUCAGAUCUAUCGGGCCCUUCGACCCCAAGUCAACCAUGAUGCAUGUGUGUCACUUCUCCAAUGCCUUCAUAGAUGCUUAUCAAACCCAGUACCAGCAGUUUUAGGCUUUGUUAUGGAGAUUCUUUUGACAUUGCAAGUGAUGGUGGAAAAUGUCGCACCUGAGAAGGUGAUUCUUUAUCCCCAUCUUUUCUGGGGAUGUGUGGCAAUGAUGCACACGGACUUUGUUCAUGUUUAUUGCCAGGUACUUGAACUAUUUGCUCGUGUUAUCGACCGCUUAACUUUUUCGGAAAGAACCACAGAACACAUUCUCCUUUCAAGUAUGCCAAGAGACGAGCUCGAUCACAGUGCCGUUGACCAUGACUUCCAACGGAUGGACUCACAUUGUUCUGAUGACUGCUCACCAUCUGGUAGGAAGGUUCCAGUUUUUGAAGGUGUGCAGCCUCUAGUACUUAAGGGACUCAUGUCAACUGUGAGCCAUGAUAUCUCCAUUGAGGUUCUCUCAAGGCUUACCAUACCCUCCUGUGAUUUGAUCUUUGGGGAACAUGAGACACGAAUCUUAAUGCACAUCACGGGUUUGCUUCCCUGGCUCUGUUUGCAAUUAGAACCGGAGGUACUUGUGGGCGUAGGCUCCACUUCAACCCUAUUACAUCAAUACCAAAAGGCUUGUUCAGUUACAGCUAAUUUAGCAAUAUGGUGUCAGGAAAAAUCGUUAGAUGAACUAGCUGCCGUUUUCAUGGCCUACUCGCAAGGUAAAAUUAAAAGUAUUGACAAUUUACUUGCUUGUGUGUCACCACUAUUAUGUAACAAGUGGUUACCAAAGCACUCAAUGGUGGCUUUCGGGCAUUUGCUUUGCCUUCUAGAAAUAGGACCCAUGGAGUAUCAGCGUGUGAUUCUUUUAAUACUGAAGCAAUUGCUUCAACACAUUCCAGUGGAUGCUGUUCAGAGUCGACAUAUGUGUGCAUUAAUAUCCCAGUUGGUCGAAAGCAGUUUGUGUGCGGAGGCAUUAAGUGUAUUAGAAGCUCUUCUCAAUAACUAUGGAUCUAUGGUUGUAUCACCUAAAUAUAAGCCAGCAAACAAAGAAAGCAGCCUUGAUGGGAUUGACGAGUCAUCAUCAUUCAUGGCUUAUGGUGGACCAUCAACUGAGUCUGGUACUUUGGCCAAGGAAGUGGCUUUGCAGAAUACUCGUUUGAUCCUUGGGCGUGUGCUUGAUAAUUGUGUAGUUGGGCGAAGACGGGACUACAAGAGACUGGUACCGUUUGUGAAUACCAUCGGUAACUCUUAACCUUCACAUUAUUACUUUCCAUAAAUCAGUAUAUAAAGAUGGAUGAGGACCGAAAACGAAACUACUUGGAUGAAAAAUUGAUUGCAUAAUUAGUGAGUAGAGAUGCAUCAUCAUGCAUCUGAACAAUUAACUGCUGAAAUUGAAAAAGCUGGGAGCUGGAUAUGCAUAUAAAUGAAGUUAGAAAUUUAGAAUAGUUCAUUUUUGGGUAUAUAACAGGCCAAUUUUGGUUAUACUAUAUGGGGUUUAGAGUCUUUACAUUGUCUAGCACAAAAAUGUGUUUAAUAGUAGCAGGCUAAGCCUGAAAUGUGUUUAUAUGAUCCAUUCCAAAUUGUUGAAAUAAUGAAAUGAAAUAUAGCAAGA